AUGGCAGAAUUUAGUAAGCUGGAUCAGCAGAAGAUUGAACUCUUAGAGGCGAGGAUGUCUGGAGGUACCAGCAGGCAAAGCAUGCCUGUUGUCAUCAUCAAAGACGACACAAAUCUAAGUGUUGGAAACAACAGUAGUCGAAGUUCAUACGAAGACAGAGACUUGGAGGUUAUACCAUUGACAACACCAGACAAGAAGGAUUCCCGAUCUAAAAGAAAGCGUAAAAUACAGGAAAGCCAUGAUAAUAUACAGGGUAAAAAAAAUCAAUGAAUAUUUUCGG